UACCAUUACUAGACCUUUCGCAAACUCGUCGAGUGAUUCGCCUACUGGUAAUAAUUCUCCCUUAAAACCAGCAAUAGAUAACAAUAAAAACAAUACUGCCACUUCAAAUACUGCGAAGGAAACACCACCUUUAGCAGCUGCCAAGGAGGAAACUGAAAAUGCUCAGCCCCCUGAGGAAAGUCAGUCUCAACCAUCUUCAGACAACAAUGCAACCGAACAUGUAGCUGAAUACAUUUUACGUUCACCAACGAGACGAAAACGUUCUACUACUCGUUCUCGUACACGCGUGUCAAAGCCAUCAAACUCUUACAAACCAGUGAUACCUCAAUUAUUUUUGAAAGAAAAUUAUUUGCCAAUUAAAAAUAAUAAACAUUCUUUUGCAGCAAUGAGUUACCCCUUGGAAGAUGGGAUACGUGAUGAAAUUUUGUAUAGUGCGCGUGCAAAUCUUUUUUCUGCUCCAAAAGGCAAUGGCAUACCUGCGCGCCGUG